AUGGAAGGCUGCUGGACUGUGACCAUCAGCUCGGAGCUGGUCUACACGUUCCCAACGCUCCUGCAUCUCUCUGCCGAAGAGAUUGUGGCGAUCUGGGAUGCUGUGUCUGAUUACAUCCUGGAACAGAUGAAGCUGGACAAGGUGGGCUGGGAGUCCUGGUCCCGGGACUCGGGCUCUUUGCUGCGGUCCGAGAGCAAUUCCACAUGCAAAGAAGUGGCGGUGUCGGUCCGAAGACCUGUCUUCCAGCUGGACAUCGGGGUGCUGUGGCUGCAGGACCUCCAGUCGCCCACCGACAUCAUCCCCGACGAUGUCAAGAUUGAGCGGCUGAACUACCGGCAGCUCUCGCGAGCCACCGGCAUCUCGCUGCACGUGGUGCAGCGCUGCGUGCGAGAGACCGUCCUCUUGUACUGUCACCUCCUGAGGAACAAGGCGCACGUCUCAUUCGCCUUCAAGAACAUCGGCGUUCUGACGUACGAGGACGACUUCCUCUGCAUGAGGUUCUUGUACAGCUGCAUUAAAACGCUGGAUAGCAAUGCCAGCCUGACUGCACUGCUCCACAGUAGAAUUUGGCCGGCCCGUUCUGCUGACUUCGGGUCAGAGACCACCGCUCAUGGGAUCCAGGUGUUGCCGAGGUUUCAGCUCGCUGUGAAAAAGAGCAGAGCAGAGGCCGCCGCAGAAAGGAACGCUGCAGUGGCGCGGAAGAUGAGUAGAGGGGGCACUGCCGGCAGGCUGCUACAGAAGCGGAAGACACUUCCCCCCUCCAUGCUGCUGCAAUACCAGGCAGGCUCGAGGCAGCAAGAUGUGGCAAAGAAGCCUUCUGCCAGCGUGCUCCCGCCGUGUGCAGGCAGCUCCCACGGGAGAAAGCAAGCAGGACAGAAGGAACCAUCUACUCCUGCCCAGACCAGCACUGCACUCCCUGCGACAGAGGACUCUAAGAGAGUGCUGCAGGAGCUCCGGGAAGUGUCUGCCCUGUGGAAUGAAGCAGACCGCACGUGGCCCGUGUACCAGCAGCAGGUAGAGCAAACGCGGGCAGAAAGAGCGGCAUGGGAAGGCUGGAGUGCAGGGGAGGACCAGCCUCCACUGCAGCGGUUUGCCAGUGCGAGCGUGUGGGCUCCGCGUCCUCCAGCCCAGCCCCGGGGACAGCAAGUGGGGAGGAGGUGGAGGAAGGAUGUGGAUCCUCCGCCGGGAAGUAAAAUGGGAACAGCGACCAAGCUGGCACUGCAUGCCGACCUCCUCUCCCCGCGAGCAGCUCAGGUGCUCCAAAGGUUGGAGCCCCACCUCCAUCAGCAAGAGGCUUUUGCUGACACCGCGGAAAGAAACCGGCAGAAGCUGGAGCUGAAGCGGCAGCUCCCCUGUGCUCGGUGCUCGUACCGCUCCAGAGGGGAAGGUGCUGGCAACAGUGCUGGAGCUGUCGGCAAGGGGGCUGGGAAGCUGUCCGGAUUUCCACCUGUGAAUGGCAAAUCGUAGAAUCAAAGACUUGUAGAAUGGCCUGGGUUGAAAAGGACC